AUGUCAAACAAAAGGACAUUCCGACCUUAUCAGUCCUUAGGACCAUCGGCAAAAGGGCAGAAGCAGCCAGGCCAAUCUCAAAGGUCUGACGACCAUGAGUUUCGCGGUUAUUUCAAUAUGCUCAGCGACCCUUCAAAGCCUUUCCUCACUUCGAUACAAUGGCCGACCCCUGGCGACCAUGAGCAGGAAGAUUUAUCCGACCGUCGCGGGCUUCUAUCGGAACCAUCUGCGAUCGUUAAAGAUAGUGAUGAUUCGAACACGCCCAAGUUUCGCGGGCUUUUGGCGCAAGAUGUGACCAUCGAAGAACAACCUGCGAAUACGAAGGCUAAGGAUGACUCAGACACGCCUCAGUUUCGUGGGCUUUUGGCUCAGGGCAGCAUCAUCGAAGAAACCGCGGGUAUCUCGAAGGAGCCGAAGACGGCUGUCGGUAUACCGAGAACCAAGAGAAGGCUUACAAUUAUCAACCUCACAGCUGCCAUAGUCUCUGUUACCUGUAUGGCAGCUGGGUUGGCGUCUGUUGCCCAUGAAGACCUAUCCUGGCAGCUAGGUCGAGGAGCCUAUCAAUUGAUCAUUCUGGGGUUCCUACUCAGCAUCAUGAGCUUGUGUCUUUCAACCGUGGUACCGACCUUUUUCAUCCUGAUCGAAGCACACCGAGGCUCUUCUUAUCUCCAAACCUACGACGCGAUUUUGAGAAAUGCGCCCAUGGGUCCCAAUAUUCCAGUAUAUUGGAGACUCAUGCUGGCUGGUAUGAUAGCACUGCCUCUUGGUCUCAGUGUCGCAUAUAAGAGCUUCGCAGGCGGUGAAAGCUCGCGGAUUGUCCCUGUAAAAGAGUAUGAACUUGCUAACGUCAGUUUUGGUCAUCAUAAUCUGCUCGGGCCACGUCGGGCCGGUGCUCAAAUUGCACUGUUCUUCAACAUCACAUUGCCUUACAUCACAGCCACGACCGGGUCGUCUUCCCAAGAUGAAGAGUCACUGUCGCACAGUCCAAACCCUUAUGGCAUCAACACGCUAGUCCUCGACAACAGAACUGCCGCCGUACUUGACACGCCUUCUCCAGACUUGCUUGCCAAGGCUCAAGAUAUUCUCACCAACGAGGAGUCUUGGAGGAUAACCGUGGAUGUUGCCGGCGUCGUAGCCACUCUCAGCCGGCAAAAGUCAACGCAUCCGCAGAGAUGGAAUGAAACGUUCAUGGACGCCUGUGGUCGGUCUCGAUACAGGAAUGAUACCUCAACAAAUCCGAUGAGUACUGGCUCAGUCGUGCGUCUGAUCAGCGGCCCUGUACCCGAAAACAGGUCUCGACAUGUCGUUUACCUAUGUCUUGUACAAGAAUCCACCCUUGUCGACUGUGCGCAGAUGUCCUCAACCUGUGAGCAAUUCGAUGUCUCCAAGAACAGCUGUCGGGUAACCUGGUCGGUCACUCGUCGCUCCGUAGAGCUACAAGGAGGAGUCUGCGGUGGCAAUUACCACGAGUCGGGCAAGGUCAUAAAUGUCAAUGAACUGACAUAUAGAAACUGGUACAUGCACUCGGUAACUGAACUUACUGCGCCCCUGUUUGAGUUUCGCGGUCAAUUGCCCUGGUCCGCUGUUUCGUCCGCUACGGCUGUCUCCGCUAUGGUGUGGUCAGACAUCACCAUUGCAGGUGGUUUGGAGUAUGAAGGUCUCAAAUUGAUCGAACACGUUCGACCCACACUGCGGAAGUCACCCUGGUUAUAUGCCGUGAUAACAGUCCAACCGCUUCUUUUGUUGGUCAUAUUAACAUCCCGAUGGCUUUUAUAUUCUGUCCCUAUCGAGAACGGAUUCGGUAUGACAGCUAUACUCGCUGGUAUCGAUCGUGAAAGCCUGGAACUCUUGCAAGGAGCGUCCUUAUCUGGGCAGCUCUCGUCAAAUGUCAAGUUGAACAUUCGCGUGGUUAAAGAAGGCAAAAGGUCAGCUGUAAAGUAUUCCUUGGUUUCGAAGGAUGUUGAUGGUGAUCAGGGAAGACUGUCUUUGAGGAAAGUCUAUCACUAA